UUCCUUCUCCAUCCAUUCCAGCCAUUGCAAGUCCCCGCCUCCACCUCCUCACUCCCCACUUCAACACAUCUCCAGCUCCUACCAACUCAACCACACUAGUAGUGGACUAGUGGUAUCAACUUACCAAGGCAGGCAAGUCUCCAUGGACGCUCUUGAGUCCUCGCCGCCGUCGCUGCGCCACAAGCUGCGGACCACCGUAUGCAGCUGCUUCGGCUCGCCGAGCAGCGGCGGGGAGAGGCCGCACACCGGGGUCGGCAAGAGCAGGUGGAGGCGACGCGUGGCGGCCGCGGGGGAGUUCCGGUACGACCCGCUCAGCUACGCGCUCAACUUCGACGACGGCCCCAGCGACGACAGCGACGCCGAUGCGGACGACGCCGCCUUCCGGCACCGCAACUUCAGCUCGCGCCUGCCGCCCUCCCCGACGCCGGCGCCAUAGCCUCAACUCCUGAAUCGUGCAUGGUAGCAAACGUCCUUAGCUUCUGUAGAUUCCGUCUCUCUGAUUUUUCUUCUCUCUCUCUUCUCUGACCGAGAAUGAAUCGCUACUUCUGUAAAAGCAGUCUAUAUAUAUACGGCCGAGGAAACGUACGUACGUACGUACGUACCGAGGGGUAGCAAUUAAUGGCAUCAUGUACUUGUACACAUAUAAGAAUCAGUCAGUCUAUUUGAAAUGUUUCAUUUAUUCUCAACGCAAGGCAACAGAGAUGAAGAGAUUGGUUUAA